AUGUAUCACUGAAAUAACACGUUCUUGCCUAAAACUUAGACAUCUUGAACUUGGUCAGCGUUCAAUUGGUAAUGAAGCUGUUGAGGAAAUAGCCCACAACUGUACUAAUUUGAAAUAUCUUGGUUUAAAGGGGUAUAAAGGGAUUAGCGAAGAAGUGAUGAAAAAACUCAAUUCAAAAAUUAAAAUCGAACAUUCAGAUUAUUCUGAUGAUGAAUGGUCUGAUUUACCACCACUUAUUCCAGAUGAAACAGAUUUUAUUUCUGCAUUCGGGGAUUAUAUCCGAGUAUCAUCGGGUUUAACUAGACCAGAACGAAUUAAUAUAUUAAAUAGUCUUGUUCAAGCCAUUGAUCAAAGAUUACAUUGA